GUCUUCCAAAGCUGUUUCUGUUAGCGGUCUUUGUGAAAUUGUGUUGCCGAUUUAAAUUGUUAAAAUUAUGUUUGUCCUGACGAAAGUAGAUAAUGAUAUGGAAAAAAUCCUUUUGAUUCCAUCCAAAGCGACAUACACAAUCGGUCGCUUGUCAACAGACGUGAUUCUGAGUGAGGACCUUAGUAUAAGUCGCACUCAUGUAAAAAUUUGUCCUUUAAAUGACGGAUCACUGACUGUUGAAGAUCUGGGCUCCAGGUACGGUACAUUCAUCAACGAUGACAUUGAGCGUAGCAAAAAGAUGAGUGCAAAGACGCCUACUCAACUUCAUAUUGGAGACAGGAUUCGCUUUGGCGCUCUGAAGAACGUGUGGAAAUUAUCGCAGCUUAAAUUGCUUACGACUGCAUCCGCGCUGAACGCCUCUGAGAUACACGAAUUGAAUAACCUCAUAAAAUCAUUAAAUGGCGCUAUCGUGCCAUCUUGGACAGAUGAGUGCUCGCAUUUAACCAUGGAUAUGGUUACGAUCACAGUAAAGCUGCUGCAUGCACUACUAGACAAUAAACCCAUUGUACGAAUUGAUUUCUGGCGAGAGUUAGUGAAGUUAGCUAAGCGUGUUCAUGUGCCCAAUGGUUUGCCAAAGCCCGAAGAUUAUAUGCCCAAACAGCCAGCAGAUAUGCCCAGCAUCAAGUGGCGUCCUGAACGCACAAAACUCUUUGCUGGAAAAACAUUUGUAUUUAUGAAUCGAAAGCACCUCGACAUGUACGGUACCGUCGUCCAGAAGGCAAGCGGCGCAUGCAAAGAUCUGAACUCUGGCGUUCGAAAGCCGUUUCUAACUAAACCAAAUGUGAUCGUCAUACAAUAUGUGUCCUCUACUCAAUCCCAAGCGACAGAAACUAUAUUCAGCGUACAAGGUAUUUUGGAACAGGCCGGACUCCGACCUGUACCCGAUUAUGAAAUCGGCCUAGCCAUUUUACACUGCUCCUUGGAAAAGUUUUGUAAUCCGUCGUACAAAAUAACUGAGAACUCAUUGGCUACAACCGAAUCUAUGGAUUCUUCGAUCUUGGUUCCAAAUACAGAACGCAGUCAAACACAACGAGCCGUAGACAAAGCAUCCGAGUUCUUCGUCGCCGAAUCCCAGAAGUCAGAAGUAUAUGCGCUAAGCACUGGAAGUGAGAAGCAGUUAUCAGAGCCAAAGCCGGAACCUGUCAAGAAACCAACCAGGAUGAUGCCUAAGAAACGAAAUAAUGCCAUCUAUUUGGACUCCUCCUCGGAUGAGGACGUUCAAGUCGAAGUGGUCGAGAUGCCAAACAAGAAGGCUAAGACCGUAGUUGAGAAUAAGUCGAAACGUAAAAUUGAAAGCAUUUUGGAGUCCUCUGAGGACGACCAAUCGAAAAAGAAAUCUAAAUCUUCGUUGGAGCCUAUCUUAAAUAGUGAUGUUCAUUCCCCACCUGAAGACACCAAUGAAAAGAAUGCAACAGAGCCAGUUACAACUCAAUCUAGACGUUCAACUCGUGCCCAUCUGCAGCAGCAAAUCGAAGCGGAGACAAAGAAACCGGAGACCUCGCCCCGAAGAUCUACACGUGGCAAACCGACUGCAAAAAAGGCUACAUUGCAAAUAGUUCGGAGUGACAGUGAAGACGAUGAGGAACUUUUCCAAUUUAAAUCCCAGGCCUCAGUACCCGUGGAACAGGCAGCAAUCCAGUCGUCUGAGACCAGCAUGGCGUCCGAAAGUACAUUGGCGAAACAAGCUGCGCCCAGCCCAAAGAUCAAUAAAAAAGGUACGAUUAGUGUGAGAAAUUUUCUGGAAAAGUCACAGAGUCAGGCGUCAAGUCAAAACUUUGCUCCACCUGCAUCGCAGAAACGCAAACGUCUGUGCUUGAAGCUAAUAAACGAAAGUGACAGCGACGACGAUGAAAACCUUUUUCAGUUUGGUGACGGCCGGAAGCGUAAGCAAACGCGCGUCGGAUCAGACGAUGAGUCUGACAAUGAAAAUAUGUUUAAUUUCCAAGGACGUGAUCAGCAAGAACAUAGCAAAACUGCAAGCGAACACGAUGAGGACUCAGUUAUCACAGAACCAUUUAUAAAUGAAUCAAAACCAAAAUCCAAGUAUAUUGUGCGCAAGCCAAGCGAGCAGCCCCGUAAAGUAAAUGUAAGCGGCUGGCUAUCAUGUAGCGGGCUACAUGAGGAUGUCAAGCCGGAAGUGAAACCAGAUUUACAAAUGGAUGCAGAGGUUAUAAAGCAAGAGCUGGACGACGAGGAUGAUAAGGAGAAGGUGGAUCAUGUUAAAUGGCUAGCCAGCCUGAAGGAUAGCAUACAGGUGCGCUUGUGUAACAUGAGCAUCAGCGUCAGAUCCGUAGAUCAAACAGAUGCAGCUAACACAACUGACAACAAAUACAGCGGUCGCCAGAACUUUAAGAAAUUUGUUAAGAAGAGCAAUGUGCACUCGCAGCAGCAUACUGUGGGACUCAAGCGAAUGCAGCUGGCUGAGGGCAUGGUUUCUUGUCUGUAAGUGCAAAAUAACUUAUUGUGCGUUUCUUCGUGUUAUAUUUUACUACCAAUAAAUUUUCGAAAUAUAUU